AUGCAAGUUCUUGAUCCAUUUAUUAAAGAGAUUCUUCAAAUACCUGAUAUUGCUACUAAUUUUACUCGAUAUCGUUUUUAUUUUGAUUCCGAUUAUACAUCUCAGGAUACAUUUACAGCUCUUGGUUCAGCUUAUUUUAUUCGUCAGAAUAUACCUAUACAACAAUGGAAUUUUACAACUUCAUGUUUUGAAUAUGUUACUAAUCGUCAGAUUUCUACUGGUAAUUUGGUUCAUGUUCAAACAGUGCGCCAAGAAAAAUUCCCUCGAGAGUUUUUUUCAGAAUCGAAAUGGUCUCGAAAAGGUUUUACUCAAACACGUUGGUCAAUAAAUGAUUUUAUUUUUGACAUGGUCAAUGUACAUCUUUUCCAUGACGCUUCAAAUAUUUUAGCUGUUGAACAGAGUCCUUCUAUAUACAGUAAAUUUCGUAAAAAUGCUUUAGAAUUUACUCUAAAAAGCUUGCCACUUGACUCUUCUGAUGCAGAUAUACCAUAUAUUAUAUUUGGCGAUUUUAAUUUUCGACUCGAUGGUCAUCGUUUACUUCAACAUAUUGCUGAAAAACGAGAUGGCUCAAUUGAUAAAAUAAAAAAAUCUGAUAGUGAUGAACUUUCAAAAAUUAUUAUAAAAAAUGCACAAAAUAAAGCAAAAUUAACGAUUGGAAAAAAAGAAUUUAAUCUUCAUGAUGAUCAUGAUGCAUUUUUUACUAUUGAUACUCAACAGUUUCGUACGUUCGAUUAUGAACUUUCACCAUUUACUGAUCAAUUAUUUGAAUAUGAAAAACAUUUUCCACCAAGUUAUCCAUACAGUGAAGAUAUCGAUGAAGCUCGUUCUUAUUUACGUGUUCGAUGUCCAGCUUGGUGUGAUCGUGUUCUUUUGAGUCAUUCUUUCAAAAAUUUUGUUAACACCGAGACUAAUCGACCAACAUACAACACUCUUGGAGAUGAUGUAUGCAUGGGCGAUCAUAAGCCAGUCUAUUUGGCAUUAACGACAAAACUGCCACAAGUUAAUAUGUAUUCGUGCAAAGCAUUUACUACUACUACACCUAACAAUUAUAAUAAUAAUAAUAAUAAUAACAAUUAUACUAACAGCCAAGCAAAAUCACCUGUCACUGUUACGAGAAAAAUAGAUGCAAAUAUGGCAUCAGAUUUUAUUUUGAAUGAAGUAAAAUUACCAUCGAAUGGUAUUAAUCUUAAUAAUAUUCAUGAUUAUGCUAUGUUUGUUCAACCAAAACUUUUACCACAAUGGUGGUUUGCUAAACUUCGACAACGGCCUUUGAAACCAAUCACUAAUAGUAGUAUACUCUGGGCUAAAGUACGAGCUGUAACAUAUAUGACAUCAUUACUUCAUCGAACUGGUUCAUGGUAUUCAGAUGAUCAAACAGAAAAAUCACCAAUUGAUGACAUAUCGUCAUCAUCAGAUAUAGAUGAUAAAAAUAAUAGAAUAAAUAUUGAAUUAAAUGAUUUACAAGAUUAUAAAAAAAAUGAUCUUGAUGUACCAUUACGUCGAUCAUUUAGUUCAAUUGCUUAUGUAACACAUAAUGAAAUACCUUCAACAACAUUAACUCGAAGUCGUUCUACAACACUUAUUAAUUCCAAAGUAUCUCCAUGGUGCCAAUCACGUUGUAUAACAUUGAAUUCCAAUAUUGAUGAAAAUUUUAGCGUUUGUAAAACUUGA